CGUUUGUUUCUCUAUAUCUUACUUAGUCGUUGUCAUAUUGUGAGGUUAAAUUAAAAAGACUGCUGUAAAAUAAUAUUUAUCAUUAGAAUAAACAUUGUACUGCAUAGUCUAGGGUAUUUAAAUAGUUUCAGUGCGAGAAAAUGGUUCAAGAACAUAAUAAUUUAAGUGCUAUUGCAACAGAAAUUGAGAAGAAGGAACUGGAGGCAGAUGGAAGCGUGACACCACUCAUGUAUGCACAGCUCCUGGCCAUCUAUCUAUAUCAGAAUGAUUUGUGCAAUGCCAAGUUCCUGUGGAAGCGAAUACCCAGCCAGGCCAAAGCGGAGAACCCAGAACUAGCCCACGUGUGGAGUGUCGGCAAGGCAAUGUGGCAACGUGACUUUCCGGCUGUGUACACUGCACUCAAUGCUACCAUGUGGACUGAUAAUGUGGCUGAAAUCAUGAAGGCUGUUCAUCAGGAAGUAGUGAGACGAGCCACACAGCUGGUGUGUCGAGCCUACACGUCAGUCAGUAUCAACACUGCAGCUGCUCUGAUAGGCACAACUCCCGAGGCCAUAGCACAACAGAAGGGCUGGCGGGUGGAGGGGAACCUGGUGAGUCCACCCCACCCCUCUCCCCCUGUGCCCACUCUCACCUCCAGCGAGGAGCAGCUCACCAAGCUCACCGACUUUGUCUCCUUCCUAGAAAACUGAAUUUUGUACCCUCUUGUGAUAUUUUUAUUAUUAAAUAGUCUAAGUUAUCUGUA